AUGGACUCCCCCGAACCAAAAAUACCCGGCGCGGUUGCGUCGCAUCCGUCCGACAGCGACAGCUCCUCGGACAGCGGCGCCGACGACGAGCAGCCCACGCAAUGGCUGGCCACGGCGCGGCAGCGGCGCUCCACGGCCGGGAACCGCAUGAAGUCGAUGCUGGCCAACGAAGAGCCCGACUCGGACCUCGAGCUCCUCUUUGCCGAGGAUGAAAACGACCAGGGCUUCGAGGAUGCCGACGAGGAUGCGUCCGAUGUCCAGAUGGACUCGUCCGACGACGACGACGACGACGACGACAACAACGCCAACCCAGACGAUCUCGAGGGCGAAAAGGAGCUCGAGCGCCGCGCCAAAGAGCAGCGCCUCGCCAACCGCAAGCGCAAAGCCCGCGACGCCAUCCCCCCCAAGUUCAGGAAAAAGGUCCGCAUCGACCCGACCACGCCGGCCGCGCCUCCGCCCCGACCCAAGAAGAAAUCGGAGCGCACCUCAUGGCUGCCCUCGCCCGCCGACCUGCCCACGCGCUCCUCGUCCCGCAAGACAACGCGCAUCUCCAAGGAGCACCUGCAUCGGCAGAUGGUGGAGCGCGAGGCCCGCAGGCUCAAGCAGCUGGCGCUUAUGCAGAAAAAGGCGGCCAGGCUCGAGGCCCUCAAGAAACCGCCCAUGUCGCAGGCCGAGCGCCUGGCCGAGGCCGCCCUCGUCGAGAAGCGCAACAGCAAGAGCCUCAACCGCUGGGAGGAGGCGGAGAAGCAGAGGGAGGAGGACAGGAGGGCCAGGCUCGCGGCGCUCAACAACAGGACCCUCAACGGCCCCGUCAUCACCUUUUGGAGCGGCGUCAGGGAAUGGAAGGACGCCCUGGGCCAGCACGUGACACUGGUCGAGGCUAAGCCUAAGAGGAAGAGGGAAAGGGUCGAUAAGGGGUCCAAGACCGAGGACAAGGGCAUGGGGCACGGCGGCGGCGGUGACAAGAAUGCGAUUGCGCCUGAGGGACAAACGCCCAAGGGUGACGAUAACGCGAUAUCCGCGAAAGACGCUGCGCCUCCUCCAAGGUCUGAGGCUGGCGGGGCCGAUCGGCCAGAGAAAGCCCCGGUCACCAAGACGUCGACGACGCCCGCGUCAAACCAGCAAGGCAAACAAGGCCAGCAAGGCCCGACGCAAGGGCGGCCAAUGGAUACGGAAACGCACGGCUCAGCCUCACAACUACCGCCUAGUGUCCUUGAGCAGGAAGAGACCGGACGCCUGAUGGCGAUGCCCGCCCCGCCUCCGCCUCCGCCCCCCCUGCCAGCGCCCUCCGGCGGGCUGGCGGCACCGGCUCCGUUAUCGUCGAGUCUGGGCGGGUUGGCGACGCCGUCAGGUGCGGUGUCUCGGCCUCCAGACGCGCGGCCGUCGAGCGUGCUCGCCGCCCCGGUGCUCGCGCCGCCCCCCGGCAUGGACAUGACCAUGGACCGCGCGCGGCCGACCAACGUGCCCAAGUCUGGUGUUCUCGCACCGCCAGACACGUCGCAGCAUCAUCCGCCGCCGCCGCCGCCUGUGCAGGGCCGCCCGUCGGAGCGGCCUGUCGCCGUAGCGGCGAGUCCGAGCACCGAGUUCAAGCCUAGCCAUGCGUCCUGCGAAACGCAGCCACAGCCGCGGGCGGCGCCGGGCGAGGCGACGCCGGCGUGCAAGUCGGCAAGCCCCAGUGGUGGUGGUGCCCUGGGCGCCGCGCCUCAGCCCCCCGAGUCCGCGCGCGGCUCGACGACGACGGCGCGCAACGCCAUCAUCUUCCGGAGCUUUGACCAGAACGCCAUUCGCGACAAGACUGUGCAGACGCAGAUUCUCUUUGGUCGCAAGAUGACCAGGCUCUCCAAGCCAACCCCCGCCGCCCACUGCGUCAUCACCGACCACCCGGCCCGCUACCGCGACCCCAAGACGGGCCUCCCCUACUACAACGCCUUUGCCUACCGCGAGAUCCAGCGCCUGCACAGAGGCGACUACCGCUGGAGCCGCCUCCUCGGCGCGUGGGUCGGCAGCGGCACCCUCGCCGCCCGCGGCGUGCCUGACCGCUUCCUCUGCCCGGAGCCCGAGGAGGCGCGGAGGAGGAGGAUGGAGGAGAAGGCAAAGGCAAAGGAGGAGGAAAUUCUGAGCAAGGUGCAGCGGCAGGAGACCAAGCCGGAGCAGCCCAGUCCGGCCGCAGAAGAGGCCAAUGCCCCGGCAGCCGCGGCCGGGACGGACCCCGCGGCCAAAUCGGCGGCAAUGACGGCAGCCGCGGCGCCUUCGCCAACCGGCGAUUCAAAGGGCGCCACGGGGACCGCGCAGCAGCCCGGGUAG